CUUAGUUUAUAACAUGAAAGCUGUCUGUGGAAAAAAAAUAUACAUUUUUCCACUAAAACAGAUCCCACGAGCAAUAUUUUGUGGAAAAUACUGACUUAAUGUUACAAACAGCAUCCAUGGAAAAAAAAUUACAAUUUUUCCGGGUAAUUACGUUUCAGGUUCGAAAAUUGGUGAGGAAAAGCCACUUUUUGCGGCGACACGAAGUCGCAGGAAAUGAGUAGUUUUUGAAAAUUUUAAUCUCCACCGUUGGAUCACUUAGAUCCCUAAUUCCUAUUUGCUCUCCUCUCACCUCCCUCCCUCCAUCCAAACCCGUAUCCCCUCCUGAAAAAUCGAAAACUCCCCUCUCUCUCUCUCUCACAGACAACCUCCACGACAGAUGCAGCGCCGCCACCAUACGACGCUCUCUUUCUCACACACAACCACCACGACAGAUGCAGCGCCACCACCACGCGAUGCACUCAUCCCUCUAGAACACUCGGGAGACAGCCCUUGCCAUCAGAAAGUUGCCAUUGGGAAAGGCAAAGAGAUAUUUAGAGGAUGCUCUGGUCCACAAACAGGCAAUCCCUUUCUGACGUUUCCAUUGCGGUGUUGGAAGGACUUGAGCUUAUGCUUGUUGUCUUGCUAUAUGAAAUUAUCUUUCCCAUUAAAUAAGUUAUUUGGUCAAUUGAUCUGUUUUUAAUUGUCAUUUCAUUCAUUUUCAUGGUGAUGGCUUUGGAACCUUGUCAUGGUCCCAAAGUACAUUUAGCAAUGCUGAAAUACACAUCUAUUUAGUUCAACUAAAGGCCAGUUGGUUUAGCAAACUCCUACAUUAUCUUAGUAGACUUUUGUGUGCUAGAAUCCUUACAGGCUCUAGAUAAGGUGUAAAAUAUGGGAUUUCUAUUCAAAGUAAUUGCUAUAUAGCCUAAUAGUUUCCUUUCCUUGCUUGUGAAUGCUAAAGUUACUAUGAUAGAGACAAUAUCAACUCCUAGAAUGGCAGUUACCUAUCUAUACAGCAUUUACAGCUGCUUUUGAGUAGGGAAAAAAAUGAAUAUCCUACUCGUUUAGGCCUUUUGGAUAUAUACUCUAAAUUUAAAUUUGUGCCUGGGAAUCGAGUUUUCUAGCUAUUAUUUGAAUAUAUCAUCUACUUUGAGUUUUUAGGGGUUUAGCUUCAGUGAAGGCAAGUGAUGUGUGUGUGUGUGUGGUAAACUUGUUUGCUAGCUUCAAAACGAUGCAAAUUUCGACUUUCUUUUCAAAGAAAAGGUUUUCCAGCAAAAAGCACCUCCUUGGAAAAAGCACCUCCUUUUUGGCAAUCCGAACAUCAUUGGAAGGGAGGGAUUUAUGAAUCCAAUUACCAUAACUGAGAGCAUACUUUUAUUGACCCUACAUUCCUUGUAAUUUUCUAGUAGACUUUUUUGUUAGUUGUAUUGCUUUCCACCUUUGUCUGUCCUCCUUUUUCCAUUUCAAGGUCGUCUGAUGUAAUAUAGUUCUAAUAAGCUGUUUCAUUUAGAUCACAUUAAAUGAUGGUAAAUGUUGUGGUUGUUCUUGGCAACAAUGAGAGUGUCAGUGGGACUAUCUACUUCACCCAAGAAGCUGAUGGCUCUACAACAGUAACUGGAAAUUCUUAUGGCCUUAAGCCUGGUCUCCAUGGCUUCCAUGUUCAUGCACUUGGGGACACAACAAAUAGUUGCAUGUCAACUGGACCACAUUUCAAUCCUGCUGGCAAAGAGUAUGGUGCUCCUGAGGAUGAGAAUCAGCAUGCUGGUGGAAAUGUCACUAUUGGUGAUGAUGCUCUGUGAUGUGUUUACCUCUAUCCCCUUGGUGAUAAUUUCCUUUUAUUAUCUCUUUGUUUUUCCCUUUGGCAAAUUACUCAGCAAUAUGGAUUUUUUGAUGAAUGCCUGAGUGAGUUAUCUAUACAUUACCUGAGUGACAAUAUUAUUCAUUUUCCCUUUAAUACUAUAUUUUAGAUAGUCCUAAUAUAUAGUUUUUGAACCUGAUGAGUAGAUAAUGCAUUUCAUCUACCUACCGAUGUUUUUGAACCUGAAAUUGUAGAUGUGAUUGAACUUAUAA